AUGGAUGGCGAAAAAGCUGAAAAACAGUCGUUUUCGGGUAAUCUUCAUGGUUUGGGCUGGGCAGUGACCGGUUUUUUCAUCGUUGCAGAUCUUGUUGGUGGUGGUGUCGUUGCCAUGCCUGUAGCUUUUAAUAAGACAGGUCUUGAAGUUGGCAUUAUUUUUAUGAUAGCAAUAUGUAUAUUCCUAUCAUACACUGGAAAUUUACUUGGAGAAAACUGGGUUAUCAUGCAGGAAAGAUGGCCUGUGUAUCGCGAGCACUGUCGUAAUCCUUAUCCUCAAAUGGCAUAUAGAAGUAUGGGAACUCGAGUUAGAAACUUUGCUCACUUUUGUGUGAACUUUAACAACUUUGGUACAACUGUUGUGUAUAUAUUGUUGUCAUCACGGAUUAUUCACAAUUUUGUAGCGUAUUUCGAAGUUAACAUUAGCUUUUGCUGGAUGCUUGUCAUUGUUACAGUUUGUAUAUUUCCAGUAACGUUACUGAAGUCUCCCGCAGACUUCUGGUGGUUAGUUGUACUGGCUAUGAUUUUCACUAUAGCUGCAGUAAUCAUGGUAAUAGUGAGUAUAGGAAUUGAUUUCAAAGACUGCACCUCAGAUGUACAUUAUCCUGAAUUUUCAUUUUUAAAAUCUCUUCUAACUCUUGGCACCUUUAUCUUCGCCUUCAGCGGACAUACAGUCCUACCUACUAUCCAGCAUGACAUGAAAAAUCCGAAAGACUUUACAAAAUCAGUAAUUCUCGGCUUUCUUAUGGUCUCAAUUUUAUAUAUACCAAUUUCUAUAUUUGCGUACGUUACCUACGGAGACAGUAUGGACGAGUCUGUAAUUGAUUCUGUACAAAUUCCUUGGAUACGAUAUGCAGCAGAUCUCUCAAUAGCUUUUCACUGUAUAUUAACGAUGAUAAUCACUGUCAAUCCUGUAAACCAGCAAGUUGAAAAAAUUUUUAAGGCUCCACACAAAUUCUGUCUAAAAAGACUUGUCAUUCGCACGUGUGUCUUAGCCGCUGCACUUUUCGUGGCGUUAUCAAUCCCUGUUUUCACCUCAUUGAUGGACUUGUUCGGGUGCACUACGAUUCCUCCCUGCUGCGUAUUUUUGCCGUGUUUAUUCAAUAUGUGGUUCAAGGCUGCUAAGUAUGAUGAGAAGACAAAAGAGUAUAUUCGGCCGACUAUUAAAGAAGUUAUUCAACGAACGCCAAAAGUCAGGUUAUGCUGGCAUCUUUUAAUCAUGGUGGGAGCUGUGAUCAGUUUUUAUAUGGCUCUACUAGACUUUAUUCAAGUAACCUUCACCUACCCUUGCUACGUGAUGCCGUUCGUCUCCAGUAACGAAGAAUCUUUCAAUGGUCACGUAAUCAACUGCUGUGGGAGAUACAAAAACAUCAGUGUACACAACGAUGUAUCAUUUUGCCGAAAUAUAUCGGCUAUAGAAUAG